UUCGAAGAAAUUCAUUUAUGGUUCAUUAUUGAAGUAGACGGUGAUUGAGUUACACUUAUUAUAGUUGUGAAAGUGUUUAUAAACUUCCAAAAACUUAUUAAAGCAGUAAAUAUAUAAAUAUAAAAAGAAGAAAAAAGAACAAUGGCUCGUACUAAGCAAACUGCACGUAAAUCUACCGGUGGAAAAGCUCCACGCAAGCAACUUGCUACAAAGGCAGCCCGUAAAUCCGCCCCCUCAACUGGCGGCGUUAAGAAACCUCACCGCUAUCGCCCGGGAACAGUAGCCUUACGCGAAAUUCGCCGUUAUCAAAAAUCCACUGAAUUGCUUAUUAGAAAAUUGCCAUUUCAGCGCUUGGUCCGAGAAAUCGCUCAAGAUUUCAAAACUGAUUUGCGUUUCCAAUCAGCUGCCAUAGGCGCCUUACAGGAAGCAUCUGAGGCAUAUCUUGUCGGUCUUUUCGAGGACACUAACUUAUGCGCAAUUCAUGCCAAACGUGUAACUAUUAUGCCGAAGGACAUUCAAUUGGCUCGUCGAAUCAGAGGAGAGCGCGCUUAAGCUGCUAUACACUUCAUAAUCAACUUAUCAAUUUUCUUAAUUAUAUAAUAAAAAUUAAUAAAUAUGUAAUACACUUAAGAUUUCCCCCAAAA